AAUUGUUGGAUGAUGGUGGUCGCCUCCCCCUCUUGAGGAACAAGGAACUGGGAUAGCUUAAGAACAACCAGUUGAUUUGUGUGGCGUUUCCGGUGAGAGAAGCAAUGCGAAUGGUGUUCAUCCUCCUGGACCUUCACCGCUUGGCAUUGGCACUGGCACGGGAGUUGUAAUCUAGAGCAUGAGGCAGUAGAAGCAACUGGUAGUGAAUGGUGAGAAUCUAAGUGGUGAAAAAGUGGAUUGUUUCUGCUAUACAUCUGGAGCAUCUGCGAGUGAUUACAGAGAAAGUAAUUGUUAGGAUAUCCUUUUCCAAGAUGUGAUUGUUACUACGAGUUGGGUAGAAAUACUUCCUAAAAGAAAAUGAUUCUAUGCUAAAAUGUUGUAGCUUUUGAUGAUGACGCUGAUGGUGGAGGCAGAUGAAAAUAGUCUGUGUUUUUUUUUAUCUAAACUAGGAUUCAAAUGAACAGUAUUCAGAAUUUCUGGCGUCGAGCAUCGAUACCGUGUUUUUCUCUGUGGCACCUGAUACCCGAGUAGCAUGUGGCAACCGAGCAAAUUAAUGUGAGAAAGGGUAGUUCCCUGUACUGACACAACAUCAUUAGUGAUAAUUGCGUUAUCCGAAGGAAGAUGAAGAAUGGAACAGAAAGGAUCUGAAGCUCAUCCUGAAAAGGAAAAGUGUUUAUUUUUAGAACUUUCCUCCCCUCGGUUUCGGAAAAUUCAAUUUACGCCAGGACAACAACAUUCGAAUCAUCCUAAGAGUAACUCAAGUUUAAAUAAACGUUUGAUGAUACAUACCGAACGGAACUCAGUGGUUUUCGGAGACACAGAAACUGAAAAUCGAAAGUGAAACACCAGAGCCUCCAGGCAGAAGUGAAACCGAAAGUCGAACAGUUCAAUUUCCACGGAUACAUUUCCCGUGGAGGGACCACCACCCAGCCGUGCAACGAUUUUUUUUUCUGGCGUUUUUUUUUCAUCGUUCCCGGAUCACCUGUCAGUGUCGGACGACUUUGAAGACGCAUCAGGAGCAGCAGUAUACUGGAUCAAAAUCGCGGGAAACGAAGAGCUUAAAAGCUGCUGCAGCAAAGAGGGCGAGACAAGAAAGAGAGAGAGAGAGAGAGAGACAGAGAACAUCACAGAAACUAAUAGUAGUAUUGCCCCGAGGAUCCGACGAAGUGGUGUUCCUUCCGGGGGUUUCUCCCCCUCCGCACAAAACAAACCAUCCGAGAAAAAUAAACGAAAAAUCACGCAAUCCCAUUCGAGCCACAGACCUCUGCCGCCGGAGGUCGUCCCGCCCGGAACAGUAUCCGAAUCGGCCGUAGAACAUGAACCAUGGCAAAACUGCGUCAUUACAGUAUUCGUUGUUGUCUUGUAAACAGCAGAGAUGUUAACAGUGACUACAGAUUGGUCGACUUGCACUGCAUUUUGUUACUAGUUCAUCUGCAAAAGUAAACAGUUAAACCUCUGAAGGACCAUGACGGCAAUAUGUUUCGUCUGCAAUCUGCCCAUCAUGUCUCACCAGGUGGGACUGGUCUGGCAGGGUGGCAAUGGCUGGGACGAUCUAGUACGAGAGCAGGUCGAGGAAUCCACCGUAAGACAACGGCUCGGUGGGCGAAGGGACUCGGCUGCUCAGAUCAGUGGUGCAUCACCUCCUAGUACAUCUCCACCACCUGGUGUUCAACGCCGACGCCGGAGUUCACUCGCACAGUUAACCGAUAUCUUGCGCGAAUGGAGUGGCGGCGGUUCCAAACGGCAAAAGGCUCCGCUUAACCGGCGUGAAACGUUGGCGGACCUUGCGAGGAGUCUACCGUGGAGCAAAGCGAACAGUAGCGACACCUACAACAAUAACACUAUUGCCAACAUUGCUCACGCUCCUCCUCUGCGCAAGAGACGAGAAUCGAGCGCUGACUCGGGUGUGAAAAGUUUAUCCUAUCGAAAAGAUUCCUACGUUUCCGACUUUCGAGAGUAUCGCGAACGUGAACGGGAACGCGACCGAGAACGGGAGCGUGAACGUGAACGAGAACAACAGCGCGAACGAGAACGAGAGCGAGAACGAGAACGGGAACGAGAGCGCGAACGAGACAGAGAGCGUGAGCGAGAUCGGGAAGAAUAUACCUGCAAUGCAGACAACUAUCGUAACGGUUCCCGUCGGAACUCCAACGAUUCCAGUCGUGAUCGCUCAUCGCGUCGGGAGUCAAUCAUCGGAGGUACCGCCACUCCACCACCGUCGAAAGUAGUCGGAGCUCAGCGGAAACAGCAAGGUCGCAAGGAUUCGCUCGUAGUGAUGGAAAUGCCCAACUUUCGCCAGGAGCAACGGCCCUCGACCAGUUCAACAGCAUCCGAUUCCGGUCCCCUCUACGUAGCAAUCGGUCAAAUCGAUUCCGCCUGUCAGUCCAUCAUGCCCCCGACCAUUAUUACUAGCUCGGUAACGCCCCCGGCCACCAGUCCUACAGCACAGAAAGGUCGUCGUGAUUCGACCACCCAGUGCGGCAUAAAAAUAUCCCGACGUGAUUCCCGUGUAAGUCCUGAACGUGCCCAGCGGCUUUUGAAGCUGCAAAGACAAGCCACGACGUACGACGAGAGUUGUUUGCCACCCGGUGGUUGGAGUCGCCGCGGUUCCCAGCCGGCACUCAGUCCGGACGGGGAGGGUCCCGAGCGACAGGCGAGACGGGACAGCCUCAGUCCGGACAGUGCUUCCCGUGGUCGCCGUGAUUCCCGUACGCACCUUUCGCCGGAUCGUAGCCACGAACGUGAGGGCAGUCCUCGUCGCAGCCGACGCCUACGAAGACAAUCAUCAUCCGCUGCUCGGCAGCCCCGUUCGCCGGAAUCGAGCAGUUGUUGUUCGUCCAGAGAUGCAAGUCCGUGCGCAAGGCCACCGCCACUGCCGGUGGAAAGCACGGCACGGCCUUCGAUUCGCCGCCAGUCGACGACGGAGGAAAUCCUGAUAGCACGUGGCUUUCGCCGCCAGAGCACCACCGAAGAGAUGAUUCGUUGCCGCAACUUUCGUCGUCAAAGCUCGCAAAGUGACGACACCUGCCGUUACCGCGGCCGACGGGAUUCCAGUGCCCAGAUCAUCGACGGUACCGUCAGCACCAUGACAGUGGAAACUACUAGUACGUUUUUUGAUUCUAGUACUCAAACAGAACCAUCGCCGCUGUAUGAGAACAACCACUACCACGAGGAAUGCUUGAGGUGCAAUUCAUGUGGUCUCAACUUAACCGGUCCCAAUCAGAAGAGAGCCAGACGUUUCAAGAACCAAAUUCUGUGCGAUCUGCACUUCGCAGACGUCGCCCUGAUGGAGUGUUCGGAUUUUAUGCAGCAACUGCGCAGCUUUAAGCCACAAUCGCUCGGAUGUGCAGUGGCCCGACGGAAAAGUUCCACCACGUUGAUCUUUCCGCUGCCACCGCAGGCAUGCUCAGAUGAGUUCUGCGAGGACUAUCCCCACACUCUGAUUCCGACUCCCGGCUAUUGGAUCGAAUGUUCCCGCCAGAAAAUUAACUUCCCGAAUCAGCACACAAUAUGGGACGACAGCGAAUCGGAGCACGAGGAUGCGGCCCGGGGAGGAAUCGAUCCGCCACUGGAGCGCAAUUGCAGCGACCUUUACGAAGAUGACGAAGAUUCCGACAACGUGCCAAGUCAGCGUUUCCGCAGAAAAAAGACAGCCAUCGAGGAACAGUGGGAACAACAGCAAGGUUUCGAACUUACCUCCGUCGAGCAGGAAACGUACGAAAAGUACUUCUACGGGACCGAGCACUGGAACUACUUCACCAACGACGAGGACCUCGGUCCGGUUAUCCUCUCGAUCAAGCAGGAAACGAUCAACGGACGCGAUCAAUUUAGGAUAUUAGUUAGAGCUAUAUCGUACACCGUACAUGGACUGAUACCAGCCUCCUGUGUUUUUGCUGAUAGAUAUAAUAGAGAAGAAGUAGUUAGAUCGUUAGGUAAGGAAGUAAACUUAAAUCCACCUUUAACGCUAGGACAAUUACCCGACACUCCGGAAGAACUACUCAAACUGGACCAGGUUUUCAUAAAAUCUGAACUGAAGGUGGGCGUGAUCUACGUGAAGGAGGGUCAAUAUACCGAAGAACAAAUUUUAGACAAUAAUGAAAAUUCACCGUUAUUUGAGGAAUUUUUACAGCUACUAGGUGAUAAAGUUAGAUUACGUGGUUUUGAUAAAUACAAAGGCGGCCUUGACACUGUUCACGAUUUAACAGGACUUUACUCCGUUUAUACAAACUGGCGUUCGAUAGAGAUUAUGUUUCACGUUUCCACGCAACUACCGUACGAACGGCACGACCCCCAGAAGCUCCAGCGGAAGCGCCACAUCGGCAACGACAUUGUCUGCGUGGUGUUCCUCGAGGCGGACAACACCGCCUUCAGUCCAGCGUGCAUCAAGAGUCAUUUUUUACACACGUUCAUUCUGGUUCGCGUUUCAGCCCGAAUCAAGCGAAAACCGACCCGCUAUGAAGUGUCGGUGGUUACGAGGGACGAAGUAGGUGCCUACAAACCGUAUCUUUGGGAGCAAUCCGUCUUCGAGAAAGGUCCUAUGUUCAGGGAAUGGCUACUGACGAAGGUCGUGAACGGCGAGCGGGCGUCCUACUCGGCACCGAAGUUCGCCCGAAUGCAGGAACGCACCCGCUCCCAGAUGCUGGAGGAUAUUGUGGCCAACCUGGCCAAUCACGCCGAAACCGGACAGAUCCCCAAACCAUACCGACGGGGUUCGUGGAGACCCAUCGGACACAUGAGGCCUUCUUCACCGUUACUAGAUUCGGUUAGAGAUCAGUUCGAGGACUAUGAUCAAUUAGCGAAGGAUUUUACACGCGUAUUUUUAAACUCAGAACCGUCGUGUCUUCAGAACGCACAGCUAUUCGACGUGGUGUUCCUGGUCGGCCAGCAGUCGAAGCAACGCGCCCGUUUUAUCGGCGUCCGUGCCAUUCUUGGCGUACGGAGUCGUGUCUUUCAGGAAAUGCUAUACGGCAUCCAAACCGGUUUCGGAUCACCUCAAGUUCCAGUAGCUGAACUCCUAGCCCGUCCGGCUCCCACACUCCUUUCGCCGCAGAACCAACGACCGAAGAGUAGCAACUUCCUCCAAGUGCCGGACAUCGAAUCGCCACGACCGAAAAGUGUUCCCUCGUCUCCGAUGGUGAAGCGAGCUUUCUCCCGUCUCGGCACGAUCACCGCCGGGUGGGGCCGUUCGAUUCGGAAACAGCAAUCCCAGCUCAACGUGGAAGACAAGAAGAAGUGGGCCUCCUCACAGGAUUGUUCCGACAAGGAUGGCAAAGAAAGUAAUUCUAAAAGCAAAGCCAAUGCUAGCCAACUAGCCGUUCCAAGACUGUCCGUGUGCGCCGAUGCACAGAAGGUGGAUCGGGCCAAACUAGCGCAGACGGAGUUCACAAUCAUUGAGUUUGAUCCGGAGACGUUCCGAGUGUUGCUGGACUAUUUGCACACCGGAAGUUGCCCGUUGACGUGCAUAUCUAUUCCAGGACUAAUCUGCGCUGCCGAACACUACGACCUUCCCGAGCUGUUGCAAGCCUGUUUCCAUCAUGCCAAGCAGUUCCUAAGAAUAGACGUCGUCUGUCCGAUGUUGACCUCGCUGGAGAACUACUACUGGCGGUACACAUCGGCUUCCGAGCUGGUCAAUAUGAUUUUGGCGUUCGUCGAAACACGCGCUUACGCACUGUUCCAAACGUCGGAUUUCCUGACGCUCAGCGAAAGUAUGGUUCAAAUGAUCAUGUGCCGUAACCUGGAGAUUCCCGAGGUUCGCAAGUUUGAAGCUAUGCUAGCGUGGGCUAAACAGAAGGUGAAAUCGAAAGCAUCGGCCAAAAUGGACGCCAAGGUGGAGUUCCGCUGUAUCAUGGAACGGUUGGCUCGCGAUUUGAAGCUGCACCGUAUUUCACCGCAAGAACUGAUCAAAAUCGUGCUCCCGUCGAAGGCCAUCAAGAACGAACGGAUUCUGGAAACACUGAUGUACCAGGCCAACAGUGGAAUGUACCGCAUUCAGGACAGCUACCUGGAAGCGUGCCAACAGCGUCUGCAGAAGCAGGACUCCCGCUACAGCGAGUUCAGCGAAAGCUUCGACUGCGGUUUGUAGGAUGGUAAAUAUUUAGCUCCGGUGAAGCAACUGGUCCGCCCUGCCCACGUGGUUUGUCACCACCCGAUGUGCCACACUUCAACCCGAGUUUCGAGUCUCGUUCGCUGCCAGAUACCUAACUUAAGGAAGAGCAUCAUCGCCUUCGGUACGGUGCGCACAUGCUCCCAGUACGGUUCGGAAGAACUUAGUUGUUAUGUGUUGACGAUGUAUUUAGGAGAUUCUAUAGAAAAUUGUUGUUCUUUUUCGUUGUAUGUAUGCAGAGUUAGAAGACAAAUUGGUUGAUUUUAGAACGUCGAUACUUAAUCGUUGCUAGAGUGUGGCCGGCGGCCAUUUUAUUUACGAGAAACGGUAGACAUGCCAGUGAUAACUGUUGCGUUGUUUUCUUCAUGCUAUGUUUGUGAGUUUAGGUAAGCCCUCAACCGAGACCGAUUUUAUCCGAUGAACUAAGAAAAAAACUUCUACAUGUGGCUGUUGACUAUAUAUUAGUAGUGAAUCAUUAUUAUUAUAAUUAUUAGAGAUACUCUAGGAGACGUCACAUCGCAUAGGCAGCAUCUGAUAAAUCGUGCAAAAUCCUGUCUUUUGACAGAUACGUUAUGUGCUAAAUGUUACUGCUUCGCUUUUGGGAUUGCAGAUAUUUCCCAGUCAGCCACUUCGAUCCAGCUUAACAUGGUAAUCACACGAAUAUCUGGGAUGUCAUGAGCAUAGCGGUAACCGAACCCUAAGAAAAGGUUUUAAAUUACAUAAGGUUUCUUUCCAUGGCACUGUGCAAUCGGAAAUGUUUCAAGACUAUAGACUUGUCGUUGCGAUGAAAACAGGACACAUACUUAUUUGCAGAAAUGAGAAUUUUAUUCGUGCGGAAUUCAAGUGAAUUCUCUUUUUUAUUUUGAAAUGGAUUUCUCGGUAAGUCGUCUUUGUCGGUGAUGGUAUGCGGAAUCCAUUAGCUGCUUUCAGGUCUCUCGACUGACCCGAAUAGCUCGUUGCUUCCUUCUACUCUCAAUUUCUCAACGAAGAAAAUAGGUAAUUUCCCUAGAAACCGAUCAUUAAAAUCCCAUCAGAGACAGCGAUUGUUGCACGACCUGAGCUUAUCGACAUAAAUGAUCAAAGUUAGCUGCUUCCGGUACCGGUCCAAAUAACUCUCAUUAUCGUACCUCUGCCUUACUGCGCAUAAUUUCUUUAUCAAGCUUUUGACGAAUGUUUACUCCAGUUGGGGAAUGGACUGUGGUAUCCUGAGUUAUGUCAUAGCCACAAUCAGUUUGAGUAUGAUUGGGUUAGCGUGUUAGCCACGUACGGAUGCGUACGAGAGAACAGGGAUGCCAGAUUCACAGAUUAAUCUGUGUUUUACAGAUUUUCAACUUUCUGCACAGAUUUUAACGAUCAAACUUUAUGGAUUUAGCCGAUGUUAAGUAAGCCAUGUUGCAUCAAUUUGAAGGUUAUAACAUCAAAUUACCUAUUGCGGAAGGAUUUUUCAACGAUAUUACAACAUUUGGUAGAAAUUUUGACAAAAAAUAAUUUAUUCAAAUAUGGCAGUCAGUUGAUACCGACGAAUCAUUUUUCGAAUGAUAUUACAUCUCAAAAACGACGUGUUUUGUGUAUGUAAUGAAGUGGGCCAAUAAUUACGAGCUAUUUGAAGUAAGGACUAUGAAAAUAAAAGCAAAACAAUCUUGUUUAACUGACAAUUAAGCCAUGUCCAAAAUAUCUUCCAUAUUUUAAGAAAAAAUCGGUUUUCGCCAGGGGACUUUUGAUAUUGUGCAAUGUAGCUGAUUGUCAACAACAAUGCUACAGAGCUCGAUAUUCGGUUCAAGGAAGAGUUAUCGAUUUUGGAAGGAGAAAGGUUCUCUGAAGUCUUUAUGAGCGCCAACGGUGUAGUGAAAGGUGAUGAGUCUUUCUUCUAUCUUAAUCCUGCUAUCGAUAAAGUGAUUUCUAGACGUGGAGAAUAAAAAAAAAUGUAUACCACAGACUAACAGACAUGACAGUAUGAGUAAGUUCUUAUAAAAAUAAUUUUUCGUGAUGCACUAGUUCCACCUAUAUUGUACUGCGCGAACUAUUUACAAUCGGUACACCCCUUGUGUUACGUAAACGUUUUUUUUACUAGUUGGUUUCCCCUCGUUUGUCAACACCGAUCAGCUGCUUGCAGGGAUGCCUGAUUUCAUCAAAAUACUUGAUAAUGAAUCUUCACAAUAAAUUAUUGGAUUACGGUUAUAAUAUAUUUAACUUUUUUAGCGAUGUUGGAAGGUAACCAUUUAUUUUUCUUAACGUUGUUCAUCCAGACUAUUUUUGAUUGUGUUGGUAAUUUUCACCCGAAAUUAAGUGGCGGCAGAUAUUGUAACAAAACGGGUUCGAUUUUGUAUUGCGUUGGAGGAUGAGAAGAAGACAUAAUUCUGAAUAUAGUUUUGGCAAUAUGUAUUAAAUCUGUAUCAUGCAUGAAAUUCUCAUGGAGAUAUACAAAUCAAUACAUUACAGGUAAUUCUGUAUGAAUGGCAACUCGGUUGGUAAAUGAAAGAAAUAAACACAGUUUAGAUGACAGACAGGAUGUUUUUGAUAGGGUAACGUGGCGCCAUCAUGACAUAUGCGAGUACUGUCCCAAUUAAAGGAGUCUUCGAAAUGACCGUUUAUAUGGCUAAAGAAUCUAAUUUGAGUGUCCUGUCUGUUAGUCUGUGUGUAUACUAUCUUGAUUAAAACAUUCCCGGAAUUCAUUCAGAAAAUUCAAUAUACAAGAUUAUACAUCAAAAUCGAUAUUGUCCCCUUCAAAGUACUCCCUAUCGAUUGCAACACAUUUAUGCCAGCGCUUGAUCCAAUCCUCGAAACAUUUUUUAUAUUCAAUUUUCAGUAUGACCAUCAGAGCCAUCUGCGAUUUUUCCAUAAUCUCAUCUCGGGUGCUUCAGCGCGUUCCACGGAGCGGUUUCUUGAGUCGACCGAAUAGGGAAAAAUCGCAGGGAGCCAAAUUAGGUGAAUUCGGCGGUUGUUAAGCGGCAUUUGUUUCGUUUUUAGCCAAAUGUUCCAGGGUAACGAUGUCAUUGUGUGACGGUGAGUUAACGUGCUGUUUGCUUCAACAGUUGUUUGCCCACAAAUCUGGUCUUUUUUGACAAAUUGCUUCAUGCAAGCGUCUCAUAACGCCCAAAUAAUACUACGGUCUGGUCUUAUGAAAGAAAUUCAUGAUGUACAACACCCUUGUAAUCGAUCAAAACUGUGAGCAUUGCCUUCUUUUUCGACUGAAAACUCUCUCAUCAUCAUUUACAGACUCACGGUGAAUCGUUCGUGCCUCUGAUAAACGACUGUUUUCUUCAGAGUAUCGUUGCCGAAACACUGAGAGCGCCAUACUGUUGUGAUUCCCGGAACUUUUUGAUCAAGGUAGUCAGUUCUAGUCAGUCAGUAGUAUUAUGUCACAAUAUGUUUUAUAUCGUAGAAAAGACGUGUAUUAGUAAUCUCUGUUUAAAAUUGGACCAUAUUGUAAUUAAAUAAAACACUAAGUCCACAAUAUUAUGCAAAUGCUUCCUAAAGUGGGCCAAAAUAUCUGUUUUACCCUAUAAGGGGAGAAGCUAAAUAACACGCACUUCAUCGAACUACACACAAAUACAACAAUUACAUUAUUAUACUUGACAAUCAGGUCUAGUGCACAUAUUGUGCUUGCAAAAAAAGUUGCUCCAGCGAAGUGUCUCAAUUUUUUACUGACUUCCAUGCGAUAUGUUAAUCAUUCAAAAUUGGAAGAAACUUCACUACCUUGUAACAUUCAGUCUCAAAUCAAUUGAUUCCUAAACAUGCAUUAUCGACUUAAAACGUAUCUAUAAAGGGAUAACCUGUUACUAUGAGCUCCGAUGGUGGAAGUAAGAAAAUUUAUUAAUUUGUGUUGAACCACGUGGGUCCAAAUCAAGCCAACAAAAUAUGCAUGAUGUACCAUGGUUUUAUCAGUUGAUUAAUAGAAGAUGACAGCUUAAUUCAUGAUGUAGAAUUAACACUGGUGGCGAGAUAGGGCGGUUUUUUGACCGUAUAUGCAAUUUUCUCACAAAAUUAAGCAUCGCGCUGGGGUCCACACAAGUAAACAUCAGAACAAAACAUGGCCCGUUAUUGCCCAAAUUUUAAGCACUUAAUUGAAACGAAAUUUAAAACAUAAAAUAAAUAUUUCAGUUAAAGUUUAUCAUAGAUUUAUUGUUUUCGCCAUUAUUUUGGUGAUAGAACGGAUAGCACAGACUAACAAACAUGACAGUAUGAGUAAAUUCUUAAAAAAUUUAUUUUUCGUGAUGUACUAGUUCCACCUAUAUUGUACUGCGCGAACUAUUUACUAUCUGUACACCCCUUGUGUUAUGUAAAAGUUAUUUUACUAGUUGGUUUUCCCUCGUUUGUCAACACCGAUCAGUUGCUUGCAGGGAUGCCUGAUUUCAUCAAAAUAUUUGAAAAUGAAUUGUCACAAUAAAUUAUUGGAUUACGUUGAUAAUAUAUUUAACUUUUUCGCGAUGUUGGAAGGUAACCAUUUAUUUGACUCAACGUUGUUCAUCUAAACUAUUUUUUAUUGUGUUGGUAGUUUUCACCCGAAAUUAAGUGGCGGAAGACCAGAAGUAAUUAUUGUAACAAAACGGUUUCGAUUUUGUAUUGCGUUGGAGGAUGAGAAGUAGGCACAAUUAUGUAUAUAGUUUUGGCAAUAUGUAUUAAAUCUGUAUCCUGCAUGAAAAUCGCAUGGACAUAUACAGAUCAAUACAUUACAGGUAAUUCUGUAUGAAUGGCAACUCUGUUGGUAAAUGAAAAAAAUAAACACAGUCUAGAUGACAGACAGGAUGUUUUUGAUAGGGUAACGUGGCGACAUCAUAGCAUAUGCGUGUACUGUCCCAACUAAAGGAGUAUUCGAAAUGACCGUUAAAAUGAUUGAAGAUUCCAAUUUGAGUGUCCUGUCUGUUAGUCUGUGCGGAUAGGCUCUAAAAUGUAAAAAAAGGCGGAUGGAUAAUAUCACAAACAUAACUGGAGGACGUGACUACGAAUCAAAUUUACAUGAUACUUUAACAUUUCCGAGAAUCGAUCAUUGCUCCUAUUAGUUAUUUGUUUGUGUGAAUAUUACAACUUCGCAUCCAGAAUUGGAUGCUAAGCGGUGAAAACCAAGUGAAGUGAAUGUAGGUCCUUAUUACGGAAGUCACUUCAGAGACAAAAGAUAUUACUGGGAUAAACUUGAUGUCAUUAUGAACAUCAUUCCACCAACAUUUUGCUUAAAAAAUGAUUUUCCCCACUAAAAUGAUCACUUCACUUUUAGUGAUACUGGUAAUAGGUAAAAUCAAGUGAAGUGAUAUGUGAGUGAAAUAAAAGUGGAAGUGGAAGUGAGAAUUAAUAAGGGAGUCAUUAAAUUUUACAAAAACCUUCAUUUUUUAUUUUUGUACAGCGUAACAUUUCGGCUUACUGUUCUUCAGCCAUCGUCGCACGCGUUAUGCUGUACAAAAAUCAAAAAUGGAGGUUUUUUAAUUCUCACCGGAAUCAAUCAAUAAAUCAGUAAAAUUUAACAAAGUUGCGGUGAUUAUAUAUGAUAUAUGAAAGUUUGACUUAUUGACUAUCAUAUUAUACCACGCAGAACAAAUAAUAGCUAAGUAAGAUGUAUUCACGUGAAAAUGUUGUGGCAUUCUUUUUGAGGAUUGAAUUCAGUUCCUGAACUAUGUUCCACAAUUCAAAUUACGAAUUUAGUUCCAGCAUGCAGGUUCUGAGUUUUGAAACUGAAUUUAAGAUUUAAAUUCUAGUUCAGUAAUCAAUUCCAGAAUUCUGUUUCGGAGUUCAAAUCUAACAUUUAGUUCCAGAAUCUCGAUCUAAAAUUCAUAUCCUGAAUUUAGUUUCAAAAAUCUAAAAUUGAUGUCAGAAUUCUGAAUCAAAGUUCCGAAUAUAAAUUGAGCAUCUAAAUUCAGUUUCAAAAUCUAGUCGCGAAACCAGUCCCAAAAAUUAGGCUUCAGUUUCAUAGUCAUAGUUUUAAUUUCUCUCCCUUUAAUCAGGAACUGAAUUCUGAAACUGACUUUAAAAUUUUCAGAGCCCCACUUGAAUGACUCCUGCGCACGGGUCUGCGAAUAACCAUCGUGUUUAUAAUAUCACCAAACAUAUCGCCAUAUUCGGAUUCAAUUUUACUGAUGAGAACAUGGACAAUACUUUCCGGUAAUUUGGCUUGUACUGACAUCUCGGAACUUACUCGGAAAAAAACAUCGUUCACAGUCUUGAUACUACGAUUUUCCCGGCAUUUUGCCUGUGAUAGUCUUCCAGGUUACAACUUCGUCCUCUCCUAGAUCUUUCUCUUCAUAGGGGAUUGAUUAUUUUCUUUAAAACAACCAGUUUAUCUGCAGGUUUCAAUGGUUUCGUCCUUGCUAGCAACUGACAGAUUUGAGUUAAGGCAGACCCUGUCAGCUUGAAGCGAUCUCAAUCUUCAGUUCAGCAACGCCAUCGCACGGCGUCUCAUUCAACAUGUCAUGUCAAUUGUAUGGGUGCGCAGUGCUGCUAUUUUGGCGCGUACGAAUUUGACAUUUCUCUCACCUACUUCUAUGUACGUGAUUCGAUGCGGACUCGCCUGAAGGCGCCAUGGUCACAAAAAAGGAUGUUGCCAAAGAUUUGUUCGGGAAAUGUGAGAGCUGGAUAUCAUGUUAAUAUGAUGUCUUUGGUUAAGGUCUAUCCGCUUUAGGCCGACCUGAGCUCGCCGGCAACAACAUUUUUUCUGCUUCGUCUAUGUUGCCAAAAUUCGGAUAAAAUGUCAUCACAUUACUUGCAUAAACAAUCCAACUAUUUCAAAUAUUUGGUUGGACAGCAUUGUUAACUAUCAAUUUCGUCGCAAUGGCACAGUCUGUACAAAAUGAAACCUCAGAAAGCGAAAAAUAGUCUAGUAAUAAAAUAAAUGCCAUUUAAACUACCAAGUGCGAAAGGUUCGAUCUUUGGUCCUCCUCCAGCGGUACAGAUUCAGAUCAACAAGCAACAAGAACAAUGCAAAUCACGAAGGAACUGAAUAUUUUAUACGUACAUUUAUCGAUGAGCACACAAUUCCCGACGGUUGAUGUUGUAGUUGAAGAAGCAUACAAAAAUGCAACAGAAACAAGCCUGUAUAACAUUGUUAGGUAAAAAGUUCAAGAACAAAAAAGAAACAGAACACGACGAGACAGUACCCCACACAUCUUGUUUCGGUAAUUUGUGGCUGUGCAACAAACAAAUCUUUAUUAAAACGUUACUUUUGACCACUACCCAACGAAAAAUAUUAUUGAAUGAGAAUUUUAACCUAAAAUUCAAAAAAAGAAAUUUAAUGAAAUUGCCCGACUCGUAUAUGUACACUGUGUAUAAUGGAAUGAACUAUUAGAAGAUUACCUGUUUUUGAGUGCUUGCUUCGAGGUUUCGUGUAAUAUAUUAAUUUUUUAAUAUAAGUUUACAAAAGACUUUUGCAAAAAUAUACAGAAAGGUAAGUUAGAUUCCAAAACAAGAUGAGGCAAGAGGUUUCAUUAUUUUGUUUCUCCAUUAAUUUUUUUAAAGCAGUUUAGUUUUUAGCCACAAAGGGGAUACCGAAUUAUGGGAAGAUUUAAAAUUCGGAUGAUUAAUGGUAAUUUUGUUUUUCUGUGUUGAGGAGCUCAAUAAUAAAAACAUUUCCACGGAUUGGAAAAGUUUGUAGGUUCGAUUUGAACAUCCAUAAGAAGUUUGAUUUGAAAGCACUAUUUUUCUCGUUGGGUAGUGUUAAAAAGACCAACUUUGUUCAUCAAAAUUUUGGCUUAAGUUCUCUAAUCUACAUUAGUUCAGCGAUUUUGUACUUGAAACAACGAGUUUAAUAUAUGUUAUUGAUUCAAAAAUUGAAACUCGAUUCGAUAAGCUCUAACAAUCAAAAGCAUUGAAGGAACAUAGUUCGAAACAUUCACCAAAACACCGACAGCUUUAAAAUCUUAUUUGCUUUAAUGAAGACACAUGUUCCAAACCAAUUAUACGCUUCCAAUAAUUAAAAAAAAACUGUAGAAUAGAGGUGGGGCGUUCUUUUUCGGUCGGGUGAUUUGAACGGCUUUUUCUCCUAAUAAGAUGAAUCUUGAAACGUGCAAAAUAGAAAACGGAAACAUACAUAAUACACACCCAUAUGUCGCAAUCAACAAUAAAACGAGCAGAUACCAUACUGUCGAUGUGAAUAGUGUACAUACGAGCCGACGAGAAAAAAAGAAACAACAGAAAGAGAAGAUACAAGUAUAUAUGAUAAUUAUUAGAUGUUUAUAUAUUGGGAGAUUACGUGGAUCGAUAUAUACAUAACAUAUACAUAUUGAAAAAAAAACAUUGAUGGAUGGAGCA